AUGGCCGUCUCGAUUGAUGAAAUAUUAAAAAAGAUUGGCGAAUUUCGCCAAUAUCAAUGGUACACCUUGACUUUGAUGGGAUAUUGUUUCCUAACUGCGGCAGCUUUUAAUGGAAUGAUAGUAGCGUUCAUUACAGCAGAACCAGAGUGGAAAUGUGUUGAUGAAUAUAUGAAUAAUACCGUAUGUAGAUUCAACAAAUCAAUAACAUUAACCAGUGAUAAUUACAAAGCAAGAUGUAAAAUGCCGAGAGAAGCUUGGACGUUUGUGGAUGACUUUACGUCCAUUGUCACCGAG